AGAAAAAGAAAAAGAAAAUAUUCUUCUCGUUGCUUCAAUCUUUCCUCUAUCCCAUUGUCUGGCAUUUCAAUUUCCAACCGCAGUUCUCGCUUCCAUCCUCUCAUCCGCUUAAGCCGGCCUCCUCCAUAGCUACACCUCUUCGAUCGUCGCCUUCAUAAUUAACCCAUUAUUCCUUCUCUCUUCCACCAUUUUCAGAUUUCCUUCUUGAGACUUCUACGUGGUCGUUUCUGUAGAAAAUCGGUGGUCGUGAGGAGGACCGGGAGAAGCAGCUAUGCAGAGCCAACUUGUAUGCAGUGGGUGUAGGAGCAUUCUUCUUUAUCCAGGAGGGGCUACCAAUGUAUGCUGUGCAUUAUGCAAUACAGUCACCUCAGUUCCUCCUGGAACAGAUAUGGCUCAACUUAUAUGUGGAGGUUGCAGGACAUUGCUCAUGUACGCACGUGGGGCAACAAGUGUUAGAUGCUCUUGCUGUCAUACAGUAAACCUUGCACCUGCUACGAACCAGGUUGCACAUGUUAACUGUGGAAACUGCCGAACAACACUCGUCUUUCCAUAUGGUGCUCCAUCAGUCAAGUGUGCGAUCUGUCACUAUGUUACAAAUGUUGGUAUAUCCAACGUAAGGGUUCCUAUUCCAGUGCACAGGCGUAAUGGAACAAUUAGCUCUGGGAUGCCCCCUUCAUCAUCGUCUCAGAGUCAAACAGUAGUAGUUGAGAACCCUAUGUCUGUUGACGAAAGUGGCAAAUUGGUGAGCAAUGUCGUCGUCGGUGUCACGACAGAUAAAAGGUAACUCGGUGAGAUGGUUGUUGAAUGAUGGCACUUGCUAUUAGCGGCUUGAAAAGGAUGGGAGGAAGCGAUCUAUAUAUCUAUCUCUCUCUAGUACAUCACUAUACUGCUUGGAAUAUGAAUAUGGUUUUGGAGAUUUCUGUAUAGUUUGUCUCCGGAUUUGCCCUUAAAAGGUCACCAUUCAUUCUUGAGUCGAACUUCAAUUUGAGGUUCAGAGAACUUUUUACCCUGUGAAUGCGAUGUAUAUUGUGGACCUGAAGAAUUGAGGAUCUGUACUAUAUUACUUGUGUGAUUUAUGUACCGAAUCAUUGAGCUGUAUCGCAAGUAAAAAUAUUAUACACCCGUCGUGUAUCCCCUUCUGGUAAAUAUGAGUAUACACGCUGUCUUGUAAUUUCUGUU